AUGGAGAGCGUCUACUCUCUUGGAACCAUUGAGAUCCGAGUGGAGAGACUUGAGGUCAGGGAUGGGUACGACUGCACCAACUGCCAGGUGAUGAUUCGCGUAUGCGUGUUCGAGAGGGGACGGCCGCAGUGUGACGACUUCCAGGACAGUGAAAUACUAGGAACUGGCCCUGUUUUAAGACGAUCAGGAUCUCAAUUCAUUACAGAGGAAAAUGGGCUCGGGGACCUUAUGAUGAGAGUUCAGGUUGUGGACAAUGUCGGAUCCAGCAGGAUACUGAUCGGGGACUUCACCAUGGACAUGACAAGCCUGGAUGUUGCUAGGAGCGUGUAUACAUCGUCAGGCUUUGAGACGCUUGUGUCUAUCCCGUCAUUGCGAAAUACUGCACAGAUAGAUCUCUUCAUAAACGCACGGAUAUACUGCCAAGACAACUACUACGGCGUCAACUGCAUGACGUUCUGCCGCGACACCGAUGCCUACACCUGUGAUGCAUUUGGGUCCAAGAAUUGCACUGUUGACUACACUGGAGAGGACUGCUAUAUUGUGAGCCCGUGCAGGACGUAUCCCUGCCUUAAUGGCGGAUCAUGCAGUCCCAUCCAGACAGCAAAUGGAUAUUCCUUCCGAUGUACCUGUGACAGAGAUUACUCUGGAGACGACUGUAGUCAGGGACGCGAUGACUGCGCCAGUAAUCCCUGUCGGAACAAUGGCACCUGCAGUGACGGCAUCGGCAGUUUCGUGUGCAUAUGUGCUCCAGGAAUCACCGGAGACAGAUGUGAAGAUGACAUCAACGAGUGUGAAGAGUUGUCUCCCUGUCGAAAUGGUGCCACGUGUUUGAACACUCUCGGCAGCUAUGUAUGCCAGUGUCCAAGGGAGUUCACAGGCAAAGAUUGCCAGACAAAAAUUACGAAUCCCUGUUCACCAAAUCCGUGUGUGAAUGGUGAGUGCUACUCAAAUGGCGACAACUUCAUCUGCAACUGCCCUCGAGGAUUCAUUGGCAAUAGAUGUGACCAGAUCGACAGGUGCACGUCAAGUCCGUGCCUCAACAACGGAGAAUGCAACACCGUAGGAAACUCAUUCACGUGUACAUGUGAUCCUGGCUACUCCGGCACAACCUGCAACAUAUACGACCCUUGUUACAACAGUCCCUGUGAGAAUGGCGUCUGCAGCAGGAACGGUGUUAACUACGUCUGUAGAUGCCAACAAGGAUACGUUGGUAGAAACUGUGACGUCGUGGACACGUGCGGCUCCUCUCCUUGCUUUAAUGGAGGAUCCUGCGUCCCAUCUGUGACAAGCCAAAGAGGAUAUAGCUGUAUAUGUGCCCAAGGCUACACCGGAACUAGAUACCCAUGCACCUCGAAUACGUGCGACAAUGGUGGAACAUGCAGAUCUUCUGGGUCGUCUUUCAUCUGUGAAUGCCGCCAGGGGUACAGUGGCGGGAGGUGUCAGUUUGGACCCUGCUCACCGCGGAACGGCGUCGCCUGCUUCAACGGUGGGACGUGUCUGCAGGAAGGGUCGUCCUAUACGUGUGAAUGUCCUGAUAAUUUCACCGGUCCAACAUGUCAGAUCGCGACCAGCUGCCGACCCGGGCUGUGCCAGAACGGUGGCGUCUGUUUCUCCUUCUCAGCAACAUCAUUCAACUGCAGCUGUCCAAACAACUACACAGGACAGUACUGCGAGAGACACGUGUGCGCUUCCUUCCCAUGCGCUAACAGCGGGUUCUGCUUCCCCGAUCCAAGCAAUGCAAGAGGAUUUGACUGCAGCUGUUUAGCUGGGUAUACUGGAGACACUUGUGAAGAUGAGAUUAGACAGAACUGUGGAUCUAACCCAUGUCAAAAUGGAGGGGAAUGUGUUACGCGGGACUUUGUGUCGGGUUAUUCGUGCUUAUGUCUGGGUGGGUUUACUGGACCGAACUGCGAACGAGAGGUAAAUGCCUGUUCCAGCCAGCCAUGCUUAAACGGAGGAAGAUGCGUAUUUGAUGCAUCUUACAUUGAUCAGUACAGAUGUAAUUGUCCAGUAGGAUUCGGAGGUGCAGACCUGACUUCGCGGGCACCAACUGCCAAUCUCUCGCCAGUGCAUGUAACCCAAAUCCUUGCCAGAACGGUAACUGCGAGUAUGACGUCACCCAGCUUCUCGGGUACAGCUGUCGGUGUAAUGCUGGGUAUCUCGGGAGAAACUGUGAAACCAGGUCAGAUCCUUGUUCCAACAAUCCCUAUAUCAAGCAUCGAGUCCUGCCAGAGUAAUCCUUGUGUAAAUGGCGGAGAGUGUUCAUCCCUCUCCUUUGGAGGCUACAUCUGCACCUGCCCUCGAGGAUUUGCUGGAAUCAACUGCCAGUACAUGACCUCCCCCGCCUGCAGCCCCCAGCCGUGUCUAAAUGGUGGCAGCUGUACCCCCUCGCCAGAUUCGCCCUUCAACUUCACCUGUUCCUGCCCCUUGGGAUUUGGUGGCCAAUACUGCCAGAUCCCUCUGAGCACUGACGGCCCCUGUAAGUCGUCUCCUUGUCGCAACCUGGGUACGUGUGUACCCAUUGACAGCGUCGCCUACCGGUGUGAAUGCUUGAAUGGAUACGUGGGAGAUAGCUGCCAGAUCCGGAACUUCAACUGCACUCCCAAUCGGUGUCCCAAUGGCAUUUGCUACCUAACCCAGUUUGGAGAAGUCGAUUGCAUGUGUCCACCGCUGACCAAGGGUCGACGAUGUGAGCAAGUCGAUUUCAAGUGCCCGCGCGGUGCGGGAGGUGAAUUUCCACACCCGUGGGACUGCAGCCUGUGGAUUCAUUGCGACUGGGGACGUGCAUGGGUCAAGGAUUGUCCAGCCGACCUUCACUUCAGUAGGAUCACUCAUACCUGUGACUUCUGGGACCGGGCGGGCUGUGCCGUCAAGCCAAGCAGAUACUGGUUAUUCUAG